UUAUCUAACAGGGGUUGGGGGAUUGUCCGUUUGGUGCAGUAAUCUCGUGUAGGUCUGCAGCUUGAUCUGGGUGCCGGGCAAUUAGGGCCUCCUGUGUGCGAGGUCAACUAGGCUUAGAUCGUCGGACACACCACGACCGAAACCUCCGCAGUGCGUCAGCGUAUUUAAUCGGAAACAUAGACUUUAGAUCUCAGAAAUCAACGAACUCAUCUCGGUUCGACUAGGUCAGUCUGCAUUGUUCGAACCCCAAGAAUAUCUAGGAAUAGGAUUGAUGUGAAGGAUGUACAGUCCGGGGAAUGGUCGUGUCGAGAGUAGUAGAUAUGAGGUGUGGGGUGAGGGAGUGGGCUGUUGAGCGUGAGUGGGGGGUCCAUGAAGUGGAGCGCUUUCGCCAUGGCUAUGGCGGGAGGAGGCCAUGGUGGCAUGUUUCUCUCCUUCACCUCGUUCUCGUGCUUCCCCCUCCGCAUUUCGGACACCCUCUCCAAGUGUUGUUCCUGUUAGUUCCCGUUUUACUUCCUACGCCACGCAUUUUCACUCUAAUUUUGUGCGAUCCCUAUUUUGUGCAUAGGGAGGUGCCUGCCGCCCCCUUCGAUAUCACCAGGACUUGCUUUGAUUAGCAAGUUUCGGGUGUUGGGGAAUUGGUAGCGAAGAGGGGCUCUGUGAUUGUUUUGUUGGAAUUUCGAGUUUCAAGGGGUGGGAACAUUGUGGUGGGUUUUUCGAACGUGUGAAAGCAAGCUUUGUAGGGUUCUGGCGCAUGCGGUUUUUUUGGGGAGGGCUUGUUCGUGCUUGUCACAGUUCUGCGGCUGUGUGAGUCGAUUGUUAGCUUCUUCACUUCUAAAGCUUCGAGGUUCCUUUGAGUAUUAGAAGGGGUGGGUUUGAUCAUCUGCUUUUUUCUCUGCACAAUUGGUGCGGUGUGUGCCGUGUUCUGAUCAGUCAGAGGACAUCUCGCUCUCUCCCUCCCUACCUCCCUCUCUCCCUGUCUUUCUCCCUCUGCUCGUGGUUCUCUGAGAGAUCGAUAUAGCUUGUACAUGAAGUCUUGACUCUUGCGUUCUUUUUCAGUUCUUUUCUUCUAAAAAGACAUUUUUCUUUCACUUCCUCUCUAGAGUUGGUGCCACUUCAUCAUCUGACGGAGCCUGUUAGUGUAACAGUGAUUGGCAUUAGGUUUUUGAGCCUUCUUUAUCAGUCAGUAAUCAUGGCCAAGUUAUCUUUGCGCGGACAAAUUUGGCAAUAUUUUAUGACGUGAUUAUGAAGACCUUGAGUUGCCUUGUUAUGUUUUCAUCGAAGUUUUUGAUGGGAACGAGGAGCUUCGACGAUUCUUUUUCAUUUAUAUCUUGAUUCGACCCAUGUACAUAGCUGUAGAGCGGUAGUUGAAAUUUAGAUAUGAGGCGGAAUUUGUGUGAUCAGUGACUCGAACGUGGUUCAACAACAGCGGAGGUCAAGGUCGUAGUUAGAGUUUGAGUUGAAUGGUAACCCGCAUCAUUGAAGCAACCCUUUUCUUGCUUAAGAAAACUUAGAACUCCUGGAGCGAUUAGCAGAAAUGGUUCAAUUCUAGUGGGAACAGACCUAGCAUGUUUAAGAAGCGAAGAGGACCUGGGUUUCAACAUGCACUGAAAUCGCCACUCUUAUUAUUUGUUCACAGGGAAGUCUGUAGAAUUAGUCACUAUCAGCAAAAGUUGGGGCUUGUGCAGGUAAAUUUGGUCAAGCAGCCCGAAGUAGCUUCUUGAGCAGGGAAUCUAGAAGUAAUGAGUUGUGCGGAGGAAAUGAUGGAGACGGAUGAUGCGGCGGUGGUGGCAGGGAUUACUACAGCCAAUCUUGAAGCUUCAGAACCUUGGAAAAAAGCUAAUGGUGGUAGAAACGAGAGUUCAGGUACAGCUGGCGUGGAAUGUCACGAAAAGACUAUUUCGGAAGUAAAAGAAAUUAAGGCAUCCGGAUCAGGGGCCGAUGUAUCAGGAGCUGCGAAACACAUUGUGUUUGAAAGUGGUGAUAGAAAGAACGCGGAAGGUGGAGUUCUCGGGCAAUGUUCGACUGAAAGAUUGGAAACGAUGUUGGUGGUGAAGCAGGUGGCAUCAGGAGGUACCAGUGAUAUCAUUGAGGCUGGUAUGGUUACAGACACUCUUAUGAAUGACGCUGAAGUAGAAGCCGGUUGCAGUCAAGCUCAACCAAGAGUGGUAGGACACAAAGAAGUAGCAGGAAUCCAGGAAUUGCAAACUGGCUUCGAGACGAAUUCCUCAACAGACCGCGUUCCCAAAGAGGCUGCAGUGGAUGUUUUAUCACCAGUGGAAGAGGGCGUUGUUGCCUCAGGCGAGGUUCAGUCGUCACAAUUCACUCCAUCUGCUGAAUUAUCGAACAGAUCGGUGAGCAAUAUGAACGGCAGUGUGAACAUUAGUCCGAAGGGCUCAUUACAAUCUGCUAACGUUGAAGAACCUGAGGAACCUUUGCUUAGGUCUAUAGUGUUGUCUCAGAAAACAGAAACGAUAAGGAAUCGUAAUGAUACGAUGAAUAGGCUGGAGAACUUGAUGCUGAUUCAAGAGUCUCGAAUAGAUGUUGAUAGGUACAGGACUUCAUCUAGUAGCAUAACUGAGGCUGUAGCUGCAGAAGUCGCUGCUGGAGUGGCCGAAGGUAUAGCAGAAAGUAUUGCGGAAAGCAUUGCCAAAGAAACAAGUACGUUUGAACAAGAUUCAACGGAGGGCCGACUGUUUGAUAGUGGUAGGUUUGAAAGGAUUGCUAUCGCUAAAGCGGUAGCACAAGGUAUAGCUGAAGGUGUCGCCGAAGAAGUUGCUCAGGGAUUGACAGUUGGACUUGCGGAGGCAGCUGCAACUGCUAAAGCUCCCAAUGGAGUUGAUCAAAUGAAGCCAGCUAGUAUGCAAGGUACGGGAGAAGGAAACAAAGAUGGAGUCCUUUGCGAUUGUGGGAUUGUUGCUGUUGUGAGAAUAGUUGGUGAGAAGAGUCCUAACAGAGGUUUGCGGUACCUGAUGUGCUCUCGUCAAGAGCCUUCUUUUUUUAAGAGAAAGGGCAAGAGGAAGGAAUCUGAUACAAUUGGGAAGUGCAAGUUCUUCAGGUGGCUGGACACUCCAAGACACACCUCCAAAGAGGAUAAAAAGAAUCAAGAGAAAGAGAAGGCUCAGUUGGAAGAAUUAAAUGUUCAUUACUCUACACGGUCUUCUGCUAAGAAAAGUUAUCCGGAGUCGCGUUCUGGAGCUCGCACCGUGUCUUCAGUUGAUAGAGGAGAAAUCCCACCUUCUGAUAUCCCAAGUUCAAGAAAUACUGAUGAUAACUCGCUUACACCGGAAGUACCUGAAUCUACAUCUAUUUUGAAAGUGAAGUCAACACGAAAGCAGCUAGAAAAGGCAACUGUUGAGAAAUCUGGAAAGGACAACGUACAAGUUGCAGAACGGCGCACUUCUGCGGGCACUUUGACGCGUUCUGCAUCGACAAAAGGAGCUCCAGAGCUUCCGCAGGGAUCUAGCUUAGAUACUUCUGUAGUCAACACGCCUACCAGUACGCCAGCAAGUGCUUUAGGGAAACGUACAAGUGAUUGGACGGAUAGUUAUAUUGGGCCAGAAUGGCAGCUCUUUGAGAAGGGAGGUUCGUGGCGUAAGAGGCGUAGUGUCCGAGGAGAAAGUGGACUUAGUAGUCGAUAUUCAAUCGGUGGUAGUGUAAGGAACAUUGGAUUUAGCUCCUCUGAGAAGAAGCCCUUGCACUAUUUCAGAAGGUCAACAGGCCAGCUUGGAGUGUCAGAUCAGAAAACCUUUGAUCCUCUUAGUUCAGCACAGCCUGCGACCGAUAUUGAAAGUGUUGGAAUUGACCUCAAGGAAGAGCCGGACAGUCGCUUCAAAAGCUACUACAAGAAAAAUAAAUCUGGUAGCUUUUCAGAACAGAAGUUGAAGCGCAUGUAUGCUAACACCAGUGAUAAAUUGCAACUAGGUGGGAGUAAAUCUCGAGUUAACAAUGCUGUAGAAGUGGCUUCCCCUGUAGAAACUGAGAAGAAAACCAAGUCACAAACGCGGCGGCAGCAGAGGAAACUUCCGCUCUCGGAAGUUUAUGGCAUUGUGGAGCCUUUGCUACCUGGCAAGAAGACGACCAAGAAGGGAACAACAAUCCCUCUGGAUAAGGAAUCCAGCUUAUCAACCUCAAAGCAAUCACUUGGAAAGAGCACGCCUCAAAGUGUUGCUACGGAUCAUGAGGAAAUAGGACACUCCAAGUCUCCAACAAAGAAGAGAAAGUUAUCAUGGGUUGUUUCAGAGGAUUCUGUUGUGCUGGAGACAGAUGCACCAAAACGAAUCUCUGUCACAAACAAUAGCUUAGGCGCUAUAACUAACUCAAUGGUUGAGGCUCCUCUACUAGCGAGUGCGUUCCCUACUGUACGGUAUAAAGCAAAGCUUCCUGUUGAAGAUUUUAAUGAUCCUGAUGAUCCAUGGUCAUUAGAAAUACCGUGGAGAAAGGAAGAGGAUCGAGAAGUAAUAUCGCAGCAGCAGGAGAGAGAGAUGUGCAGGGACGAAAGAAGUGGAGAAACAAAUGAAGGUGAGAAACAUGAAAUAAAAGUGGACGGAAUGAAGAGGACAGAACUAGUGAACGAAGCUAUAAUAACUAGAGAACAAUCACCUAAGAAGAUAUCACAAUUAGCUGAAGUGGGUGUUUCUGAGGCAGCCGAAUUGAGUAGGUCUAAGUUUUCUGGAGGCAUUUGUAAACAAAUAUCCUCCGAGAACAACCUAAAUGCAGCAGCAGUAAAGGAAUCAGAUUCUCCUCCCUCUUAUAAGGAUCAAAAGACUGUCAAUGCUGUGGAGGCUACGAGUACUUCACUUGCGAAUGCAGUUCAAGCAGAAGGGAUUGGAUUGCGCACUGAUAAUCAGGAGCUGAGUGACGUUUUGAAUGAGAACCCUGCGGAUACCCGAUACGAAGCGUGCAUCAAGGCUGACAAGACGGUAGAAGUAACUUCAAUCCCAGCAACUCAGAACUCGCUCAACUCUAAUACAGUAAUAAAAGGGAAUUCUGAUUCACCUGUAUAUAGCAGGGAUGACGUGUCUGAUCAGGUUUACUCAAAGUCGACUCACCAGAAUCAAGAGGCUACACCAGAAAUUCAUGGCCUAACACCUCCCUUUGGAGAAGGGAUGUGUUGGCCACCGAGGUUGUGUUCAGAUAUUAUUCCGCCCCAUUCAACAUGUAAAGACACUACAAUGCCUCAAAAUGCAGUUGAAGUUGAACAGAAAGUCGAGAGCUCAAUCAAAUAUACCCUAGACAAUGGUUUGCUGCAGUCAGCACCAGGCGUCUCUGAGCCAUCUGUGCAAAAAGCCGAGAUCUCACAAAGCUUACAAGGGUUGAGUGUGAGAGGGCUGGGUCAAGCUAUGAAUAAUUUGAAGUCAAGCUCUCCAUCAUCCCAAGCUACCAAGGACGACCCCAAAGUGCUUGAUUGCUGUACAUCUCCAAAUGAAGGGGGCAGUGACCUUUUUGUUGAGACAUUUUAUGAGCAGGACGCCGGGGUCCUUCAAGAACAGCAGACUUCUGUGGUGAUCGAUGAUCAAAACACAGGCGAGAAGUCUCAUUCAAGUAUGCUAGUUGCUCGAAUUGGAACUCAAGUUGAAGCUGGCGGUGAAGAGUCUCUCAUGAGGGAGAGUGCAAUCAUAAAAGUUUCCACAAGCGUUGAAAAGGGUGACCACACUGUACCUGACAAGACUGACUCAACAAUACCUUUGGAGCAGUUUCCACUAAAUGAGGAGAUAGUUAUUGAAGACUGUAUGAGGAUAAAUCCUGUUGGGGUGGCAAUGGCGACGGAUGUCAUGUGCGAGGACAAUUCACUGGUUGGAAGUGUUGCCGUAGUGAGCAAGGAUGGUUCAUUCGAGUCGGACCAUGUGUGGAGGUGUGGCACCAAUAUUUCCAACGAAAGAUCUGAGCCACCUAGUGCCUUGAGCGAUGUUGCAGCGACUAGUGAAAGGGACGUUGUGUUAUCUGAUGACAAGCAUGAGAUAAACGAUUUUCAGGAAAAUGUUAAAGGGAUUGAGAGGGUGAUUGAGGAACCUGCUAUUAGUGGAAGCAAUUUAAUAGCUGAAGGUUGCCUUGAUGGUAUAGUGGGCCAAGUGAGUACUCAUGAGCCUGAAAAGAAGCUUGCCCAUGCACCUUUUGAUGAAGACGGUGUCUUCAGAUCUCCAGGUCUAACGGACAACGCUGGAGCCGCAGCUGUUAGCGAAAAUGCUGGGUUUUUAAAUUCUGUUUGGAGGCUUGCUUCUGGUAAAAAGACCAGAUCUAUUGGUUCCAUUGGCGCUCCAACUGUAACGAGCAAAAGGUCACGAUCAGUGCUUCCGUCACAGAAGGGUGGUUCAAGUGGAGAAAGUAAAGGACACACCAAACACCAAGCAGAAAUCCAGUGGGUUGAUGUGCCUUUAGAUUGGAGGAAUGAGAAGUCUACAGGUAGGGUACCUCUUCUAUCAAACUCUUAUGGGAGUGAAUUGCGACCUUUGCAGUCUGCUGAUACCUCACAAGGUACACAUAGUGCACGUCCAAGACCUGCAAGAGGGGAAGUCGACGAAUCUUCCAUUAUCACAGAAGAGAAAGGAAAAGACCAUGAUGCUCAUGUAACUAAUGGUGCUGCACACGCACGACAGGCUAAUCUUGGGAGUACGACAAUGGGUGAUGCGGCUUCAGUUCCAGCAGGUGGUUACCAUCUAGUUGGAGGUCCUGUCAAUCAGCAAGCAGCUGCAGGAGGAGAGAAUGUUUCCCAGAAGAGAAAACGGGGCAGACCAAGGAAGGAUAGUAAGAAGCCUGUCGGAUAUCAGUUUGCUGUAAUUGAUGGCCACAAGGUUGGUGCCGCUGGUGGAGUAGACCGGACUUCAGAGUUUGAAUCGGCCAGUAUUGUGGAAAAGGCUAAUGGCGAGCCUAGUUCCAUGCUUAUUUGCAGCACAUCUGUGGAAGGCAAUGCAUUGACAGAAAGACAUGGGGAGGACAGGGUUUUACAGCUUCAGAGGUCGGCUAGUAACACAGAGAGAGAGAAUAGCAAGCGUGAACGAGGAGGUUCCAGUGGACCGGAUGAAUGUGGAAGACCUGUGAAUGGAAACGGCUUUUCUAGUGCUCCCGUAGGAGGUCUGCAAUCAGAAAUUCUCGUUCCAUAUUGUUUUUGUAAAAUUGCUCCACGUCACGCAAUCCUGGAAACUGUUCUUCGAAGUGGUGAUCCAAAUCAAAGUCUCCGUUAUUGGAGUUGCAGCAACUUCAGAAAACUCUUCCCAAAGAAGCAGAAACCUCUUGCAGAAGUGGCUGAAGAAAGUUGCAAUUUUUUUAGAUGGAUAGACACCCCAAGAUUUACUGCGAAGGAUAAAAGAGAAGCCCGCAAGAAACGAUACCGUCAGGUGGAGUUGCAGCGACUGCUAUAAGAACUGCUUUGCCCUGCCGUGUGGAUUGUAACCUCCUUAACAUAUUUAGGGUAAUCUUGAACCCCUUGGCUGAUUCUUGUAAGAAUCAUGGAUGAUAGUUGUUUGGAUAGUUUGUCCACGACAAUGAAGAAGCCUCAUCUUUUUCUACUGUUUUGGAUCAUGUACAUGUUCGUAGAUUUCCAUUUUCGUUCGCGGAGACGUCUUCCCUGGCUGGUACUCAUCACACCAAGGGGUUCUAAGCAUAUACUGGGAGGUUAUUGAGCAAAGGUCGUCUUGUAUAUAGCUAGCCGCCUGCUCCAUGUUGCAAGUGGGUAGCCGCAGGGCAGCACCAGGCCGUGGUGGUUCUGUCAACAGUUCGAGAACCUGGCCACAAUUUAAAUUCAAUCUGUGCCUUCAAUUUGAACUGAUUUUUUAUGUCAAAAUCACCUGCUCCUCUUCUUAUGUUUUGCCCUCUGGGUACAACGUUCCACAUCAAUAUGAAUUGUAUAACUGGC